AAUGGUUUCCCAUACAAACAAAACCGGGAACUGCUUUCCACAAGUAAUGCAGCACAAGCACACAACAUCUAAACCCUAAAAACACAAAACCCUCAAACAAAAAACCACUACUACUACGCUACAUACAAUAUUCGAACUUGAACUAGCAGAGCAAAGCCACCCUCCUCAAACUCUCCCAUAUCCCCUAAAAAAAAAUGUCCUCUUCCAUUCCUCUCCGUCAUCUUCGUCACCUCUGCACCACCACCCCCACCCCCACCAAUUCCGCUGCAAUCUCCAUUUCCAGAGCCAAAUCAAAACUCCGAACCGAGUACGACCCUGACAAAGCCUUGGAAAUCUACUCCUCUGUUUCCAAACACUACUCCUCCCCCACCUCCUCCCGCUACGCUCAAGACCUCACCGUCCGCCGCCUCGCCAAGUCUCGCCGCUUCGCCGACAUCGAGUCCCUCAUCGAGUCUCACAAGAAUGACCCUAAGAUCAAAGAGGAGCCUUACUUGUCAACUUUGAUUCGAUCCUACGGCCGAGCUGGCAUGUUUGACCACGCCAUGAGGACCUUUGACCAAAUGGACGAGUUGGGUACUCCGAGAUCGGCGGUUUCCUUCAAUGCCUUGCUAGCGGCUUGCAAUCAUUCCAAGAUGUUUGAUAAAGUCCCCCAACUGUUCGAUGAAAUGCCUAAGAGAUACAGGUUUUCGCCGGAUAAGAUUUCGUAUGGUAUUUUGGUUAAGUCCUAUUGUGCAGCUGGUUCGCCUGAGAAGGCGGUUGAGAUUUUGAAGGAGAUGGAGGAGAAGCGGGUGGAGAUAACAGCGGUCACGUUUACAACCAUAUUGGAUGCUUUGUACAGGCAGGGGAAGAGCGAGGAGGCCGAGAAAUUGUGGGAUGUGAUGGUGAAGAAGGGGUGUGAGAUUGAUGUCGCGGCAUAUAAUGUGAGAAUUAUGUAUGCCCACGGUGGUGACCCAGAGAAUGUGAAGGCAUUGAUCAAUGAGAUUAGUAAUGUGGGGUUGAAACCCGAUACGAUUAGUUAUAAUUACUUGAUGACUUGUUAUUGUAAGAGUGGGUUGAUGGAUGAGGCCAAGAAGGUUUAUGAGGGGUUGGAGGAAAAUGGGUGUAAUCCAAAUGCAGCCACAUUUAGGACUUUGGUAUAUUAUUUAUGUAGGAAUGGGGAUUAUGAGAAGGGGUAUAAGGUUUUCAAGGAGAGUGUGAAGGUGCAUAAGAUUCCGGAUUUUGCAACGAUGAAGAAUUUGGUUGAAGGUUUGGUGGAAAAGAAGAAGAUGAAGGAGGCAAAAGGAUUGAUACGGACGAUUAAGAAGAAGUUUCCACCGAAUGUUGUUAAGACAUGGAUAAAGUUUGAGGAGAAGCUUGGUUUGGCUUCUGUAGAUGCUGGUCCUGACGAGGAUGAUGAAGAGGCUGCAGCAUAGGCAUUUGUGCAUUAUUGUUUUGGUUAUUGAGUUGGAUGUGUUUUGUAGCUUGAUCUAUAGCUGCAAAUGAUUCAAUUUGAUUAAUUUUGAGUUUUAUGGAUAUGCUGAUUGGCAAUUUUAGUUUGUUGAUUGGCUCUGGAAAUUUAAUUCUGUGAAGCUGUUUUGACCUGCGAAUAGGUGUAAAAGCUUCAAUAUAAUUAAACAUCUAGUGAUAGUUUUUGUUCCUCUUUGCUGGGCUAAUAAUUUGUAAUACACAACUCUUCUAGUGUUUUUUUUCCCCUUGUUCUUAGGUUGAAGUUCUUUUUUUGUCAAUGGCAAUGAGCUUCACAAUGCUCUGUUUGAUGUUA